AUGUUCUCCGUGCAGGAGGUGCUGCCCCGGGGGGGGCUGCCCAUGAAGGAGGAGCCGCUGCCCGCCGGGCUGCCCUCGGUCCGGUGGCUGCAGGGCACCGGCAUCCUGGACGCCAGCACCGCCGCUCAGAGCGGGGUGGGCCUGGCCCGUGCCCACUUUGAGAAGCAGCCCCCCCCCAACCUGCGCAAAUCCAACUUCUUCCACUUCGUCCUGGCCAUGUACGACCGGCAGGGUCAGCCCGUGGAGAUCGAGCGCACUUCCUUCAUCGACUUCGUGGAGAAGGAGAGGGAGCAGAACGGAGAGAAAACCAACAACGGGAUCCACUACCGGCUCCAGCUGCUGUACAGCAACGGGCUCCGCACCGAGCAGGACCUCUACGUGCGCCUCAUCGACUCCAUGUCCAAGCAGGCCAUCAUCUACGAGGGGCAGGACAAGAACCCAGAGAUGUGCCGGGUGCUCCUCACACACGAGAUCAUGUGCAGCCGGUGUUGCGACAAGAAGAGCUGCGGGAACCGCAACGAGACCCCCUCGGACCCCGUUAUCAUCGACAGGUUUUUCCUCAAGUUUUUCCUCAAGUGCAACCAAAACUGCCUGAAGAACGCGGGGAACCCCCGGGACAUGCGGCGCUUCCAGGUGGUGGUGUCCACGACAGUGAGCGUGGAUGGACACGUCCUGGCCGUGUCUGACAACAUGUUUGUGCACAACAAUUCCAAGCACGGCCGGCGGGCACGGCGCCUCGACCCCACCGAAGCAGCCACCCCCUGCAUCAAGGCCAUCAGCCCCAGCGAGGGCUGGACCACGGGCGGGGCCACUGUCAUCGUCAUCGGUGACAACUUCUUCGACGGGCUCCAGGUGGUCUUUGGCACCAUGUUGGUGUGGAGCGAGCUCAUCACCCCUCACGCCAUCCGGGUGCAGACCCCCCCACGCCACAUCCCGGGGGUGGUGGAGGUGACGCUGUCCUACAAAUCCAAACAGUUCUGCAAGGGCGCCCCGGGGAGAUUCGUCUACACCGCACUGAACGAGCCCACCAUCGACUACGGGUUCCAGCGACUGCAGAAAGUGAUCCCCCGGCACCCCGGGGACCCCGAGCGCCUGCCCAAGGAGGUGCUGCUGAAGCGUGCGGCCGACCUGGUGGAAGCUUUGUACGGGAUGCAGCACAGCAACCAGGAGCUGAUCCUGAAGCGCGCAGCAGACAUCGCCGAGGCGCUCUACAGCGUCCCCCGCAACCCCGCCCCCCCCGCCAUGAUGGGGGCCAACUCUUUCGGUAGCCAACUGGCCACCAACAUGGGCGACUCGCCGCAGGGCGCCGAGCAAGGGUAUCCCCGCAGCACGGGCAGCGUCUCCCCGCGGGGAUACGGGGGUCCCGGCUCCACCCCCCAGCCCGGCGGCUACGGGGGGGCCACGGGCAUCGGCGGCUACGGGGGGGGCACCAUGGCCGGGUUGGGGGUGCCCGGCUCCCCCAGCUUCCUCAACGGCUCCACCGCCACCUCCCCCUACGCCAUCGUGCCCGCCAGCCCCCCGCUCGCCGCCUCCUCUGUCACCCUCCCGGUGGGCACCAAUGUCCCCACCCCCGGGGCGGGCUUCUCCUUCUCCCCCGUCAACAUGAUCUCGGCCGUCAAGCAGAAAAGCGCCUUCGCCCCCGUCGUCCGGCCCCAGAGCUCCCCCUCACCCGCCUGUCCCAGCGCCCUGCAAGGUGGGGACACUGCUGACACUCUUGGGGACAAAGACCCAGUUUUCGAGGACUCAGAUAAAUUCCACACACCAUCACGGCCGCUCCAGGGCCUGGCUUAUUCCUAAACACACUGUGUCUGGAUGGUGCCAGAGCCAUGACAUGGAUCAGGACUCAUAUCUCAACCCGUUCUGGGGGAUCCCGUGGGGAUAAGGGGUGCAAGGACCCUCCCCCCAUCCUGCUGCCCCAUGGCCUCACCCAGUUCAUCAAGGAGUGACCCUGGCUGGGGGAGGAACGGAUUGUCUGGGGUUGGAAAGGGGUUUUGGGGAGGGAAAUGACCCAAACACUCUGGGUUUAGCCCUAGAAAGGUACUGGGAGACACAGGGGGUUGGGGGGCAGUGGUGGCUGUGGGAUGGAUGCUCUGAGGUGGGAUGGAUGGAUGGAUGGAUGGAUGGAUGGAUGGAUCAAUGGAUGAGUGCUCAAGGGCAGGAUGGGUGGAUUCUCCAAGGUGGAAUGAAUGCUGUAGGAUAGGAUGGAUGUUUUAGGAUGGGAUGGAUGCUCGGAUGGUGGGAUGGAUGCUCUGGGGUAAAACAGAUGCAUGGGAGCAGGAGAAUUGUUCUGGGGCAGGAUGGGGGCUGUUCCAAGGCAGGAUGGAUGCUCGGGGGUGGGAUGGAUGCUCUGGGAGGACCCAGCUUCCCCCCACACUUCCCGGCUCUCUCCCCAGAUGUGCAGCUCCACAUCUGGAGCCGCCCACCCGCAGCUCCCGGGGGGCUGAGGCCACACAUCUGCCUGAGCACCGUCCCCCGCGCAGGAUCGGGCCCCCAGCACCGCACCAGGGGGGUGGUCUGGCUGCCCCGGCCCCCACCUGGGGACAGCACUGUCCCCAGACCCCCGGGACACAGCCGCACCUCCUCCCUCAUCAUUAUCACUUAUUAUUACUAUUAAUAAUGUUAUUAUUAUUAUUAUUAUUUUAGGAGUGGGCAGGGGCUCUGGUGGGGUGGAGGGGGCAGGAGACCCUCGCCCCGGCCCUGCCUGCUCCUGCCGGGGUUUCCCUUCUCCUCUCAGCCUGGAAUUUUGUAAAUAAA